AUGUAUAACGGUAUUGGAUUAAAAACUCCACGAGGUUCAGGAACAAAUGGAUAUAUUCAAAGCAACUUGGCACACAUUCGCCGUGCCAAAAAUACAGUUAGAGAUUAUGAAAAAUUUCGAAAUGAAGUUAGUAUGAAUAAUAUUGUUGAUAAAAAAUAUACAUGUGAUUUUUCAAUUAUUGAACAUUCAGAAAAAAGAAAAAUAGAGUUAGAAGUUUUAUUAUAUGAAGAAAAAAUUAAAGAAGAAGGAAAAGAAAAUAUUGAAGAACUAAUUAAUAAUUAUAGAAAAAAAUUAUAUGAUGAAUAUUAUGAAAAAAAAAAUACAGAAGAAAAGUUUAAUGUAAAUAAAAAUCGAAAAAUUGAUGCUAAUGAAAAUAUACACAUGCUAAAUGAUAGAAAAAGAAAACAAAUAGAAAAUUUACAAAAAGUUUUGAAAAUUAAAAAGGACGAUAAAAAGAGAGAAGAUAUGCAGUUAAAGGAGAGUGAACAAAUGAUAAAGAAGCAAAAAAAAGAUAGCAAAGAUAGCGGAAGCGAUAGUAGUAGUAGUAGCAGUAGCAGUGGUGAUAGUAGUAGUGCUAGUGGUAGUAGCGAUGAAAGCGACGCUAGUAGCAGCGGAAGUGAUUGCAGACGCAAUAGAAGACGGAAAAAAAGAUAUCGAUCUGAGUCUAGUUCGGGUAGUUCUCAUAAAUCUACUAGAUCUGAUUAUUCUAGCGAUUCUAGCAACCGUACUUCGAAUACAUCAGAACACAGUGAUUCAAGAAGCUCAUCAAAUAUAAGACAUAAAAAAAGUAGUAAAAAAAUAAAGGCCAAGUCAUCACUUCCAAUAAGAGUAUCUGUUAUAAGUAGUAUUCCUGAUACACCCACCAGAAAUGAUUCCAAUGCAACAUCAGAUGACGAUAAAAUAAAAAAUUCCGAUCGUUCAACUAGUUCACGCAGAUCAAGAGGUAAUAAACGUACAUUAAAGGAAAGGACUCGUAAAAAAGGAAAAUCUCAAAGCAGCUAUAAUGAUAGCGAUGAUGAUAAAAAUUAUAAGCGUAAUAAAAAAACCAAGAACCGUAGUAAACGAAAUAAUUCUAACAAGCAUGGUAGUAUCACAUCAUCUGACGAAAGCAAUAUAAAGGAGAAAAAGAAACCCUCAUUAGAUGGCGUAAAAAAAAAAGACAAGAGCCACACAAAAAAUAAUAAACCAGAAAAUUCUCUAAAUAAGGACGAAACGCUGGAUAUUUUAAAUGAUAUAAAAAAAUAUUACAGCAAAAAGAAAGAAUCUACUAGCGAGCAAGAUGAUAAAGAGUCGAAGCAUACCACCAACAAUUCUGAUAAUAGUAGUAGUGAAAAUGAUAAUAAUAACAGCGACAGCAAUAGUGUUGCUUCUAGCCACACAAAAAAAAAGAAAGAAAAGCAUAAAAAGGAGCGAUCCUUAAGCAGUCAAAGUUAUUCUAGUCAAUCACCAAUUAGAGAUAAAAAGAAUAAUAAUAGAAUUGUGAAAAAGAAAAAAGGAGAAUAUGAUAGUGAUUCAUCUGAUUCUCGUUCUAAUCAUGAGCAUCGCCGUGGCCAUAAUCGGCAUACUAAAAGAAGGCGAGGCGAUGAAAGCAGCGAAGGAAGCAUUAGGAGUAUAGAUCGUCAUAAAAAUAAAAAAAGAGAUAGAGAUAGUUCUGAGAGCAUAGACAAAAAACAUAGGGGAAAGAAUGCAGAUGGAAUUGACAGACAUAAGCAUAGAGAGAAAGAUAAAGAACGAAAACAUGAAAAGAGAGAUAGGGGACUAGAAAAACGUCAAAGAAGUAGAGAACGACAUAAGGAAAGAAGACAUAGAAGGGAGAAUAGUGACUCAUAA